GCUUCAAUGGCUGCAGAACCUGUUGUUCUUGCCCAUCAAGCCAGCGAAAGACUGCUGCACCAGCCCUGCAAGUUUAGCUUGCGGGCAGGCCUACGUAACGUGGCAACGCUCUUUGCUCUCGCGGAUCCGCACGUAGUUGGAGGGACAAUGAAAGGUGUAGUGACUCGGACAGGAUGCCAAGUGGCUGCAAUCACUCGAGACAAUGUAACAGCUUUGUACUCACAUAAAAGGCUCCCUGGCGGGUCGUUGAGGGUCGCCGCUCCACGCCAUGCAGAUAUUCUCCAGCGUGUCACAGACUCCAAAGGAGCACGCCUUGCUCAUCGGUUGCCGCGUCGUCCGCUCAACCAGCGCCUUAGUCCUCGGUCUACCCAUCGCUGUAGGAUCCUACGUCCUAUGCUUCCUGCCGAGCCCGCACGGAGAAGCCUAUGCCACCGCCAACCUAAACCAGACCGCACGCAUCGGGUUGCUGGGUGCAGGCAUCAUUGCUAGCGCGGGUUUCAUAUGCGUGCUCUUCUGGUCGUUCGCCAACUGCGUCGUCUUCAAGAGGCAUAUCCGACUCACCAUUUACGCCCCGCCGAUGAAGGAAAUCCUAUGGGGAUUGUUCACCAGGAAAGGUCUCUUCAUUAGCCUGUGCUUCUGCGCCGUGCAGGGAAUGGUCGGAGCCGCGGCGCUCGAAUACGAGGAGGACGGCUAUGGUGGGACGCGCCAUCUCGACGUCGUCCAAGCUGGCCUCGCUGGUGUCGUCGGGUCGCUUUUACUUCAAAUUGCGGCUGACAUCAUCCGCCGGGUGGUGAAAAACGCUAUCCAGGCCGUGAUUGUCACGAACCAUCGUCGCGUUCGCACGCGGCCCCGAAGGCGAGCCACAUAGAGAGAUUCUGGUUAGUCAAGAAAAGGUACCACAUCACCAGUUUCCCUGUGUUAAAAUAGGCCAUAAUACACGAUAACUGUUU